UUUCUUGAGUGUUUUUAUCAGAGGCAAAAAUGGCGUCUCCGGCGAAGUUUCAAUGCUCUGUACCAAAGUUAAACCUUCAGAUCAAGCUCGAGAGAAAAGCUUCUCAAAAUCUUUCGUUUCCCCAUUUAUUCAGAGACAAAGCAAAGUCAACACCAGUCGUAAUCCGAGCUUCAUCCUCAUCUACUCCGUCGAAUCCCAAACCAUCGCUUCUCAAAACUACCUGCAUCACACUCACCGCAGCCGCGGCUCUGUUCUCAGCAUCCUCUUACCUCAUCUCCAAACCAGCCGCGACGACUCCCGCUACUACCGUGUUAGAGGCGACGCUCGAGAAGCACCUCGAGACACAAUCGAACGAUGUGGAAGCUUUACUAUCUCUCGCGAAAAUCAAAUUCAAGUCCGAUAAAUAUGAGGAGACGAUAGAAACUAUGAACCGUCUGAUCGAAAUCGAGCCAUACGAACAAAGAUGGCCGGUUAUGAAGGCUCGGAUCCUUUCCUACUUCAGCAAAAGCGAAUUAGCAAUCCAAGCUUUCGAAGAGAUUCUUUUGAGUGAUCCGACUCGCGUAGAUGCUUUACAUUACUUGGUGAUGGAGUUUUACGAAUCUAAGCCCAAAUUAUUAGAGGUAGAGAAGAGGAUCAAAUACGCGAUUCGAAGAUGCAAGAAUAAUAAUAAUAAGAAGAAAGAUAUUCGCGGUUUGAGAAUGUUGAUCGCGCAGAUUAAGGUAAUGGAAGGAAACACGGCUGAAGCGAUUCGGAUUUGUGAAGAGCUAGUGAAGGAUGAUCCGGAGGAUUUCAAGAUAUAUCUGUUUCAAGGAUUGGUGUAUACAUUGAUAGGGAAGGGAGACGAAGCUGCGAAACAGUUCGAGCGAGUUGGUAGGAUUCUUCCGGAGAAUAGUCCGUACCUAGAGACUAUGGUUAACACCAAGGAAUGGGGAGCCAUCGUAGAUUACGAUAAUGUCUUCUGCUAUUUAUCCACCUUUACUAAGCUUUUUGUGGCUUCCUUGUUUGGGAAGCGAGGAGAUGACUGAAAAAAGUACAUUACUAUUUAACACUCUUUUUAUAUGUGGUGUUUCUGAUCUGAGUAUUUUUAUUUGUAGAAAGAUUGGUGAUUUAAACAA